AUGAAUGAGCCGUUUGCCUGCACCUAUGCGGACGUUAUCUAUCGCCCUUGGGUGACACAGACGUUGAUGGAUACCCCUUACGACAUCACGCUUGUCGUCGAUACCGCUUGGCGAGAGCGUUACGCUGCGCGUACACUUCACCCCGAAGAUGAUGGUGAAAAAAUCCUCGCAGACGGAGCGCGCGUCACAAGAAUCAGCCGUGAUAUAGCACCCGAAGCCGCACACGGGGAAUAUAUCGGUGUUGCAAAAUUUAGCGAGCGCGGGGCGAGGCUUCUACGGGACCAUUUCCACCGGGUUUGCCGUGAAUAUAACGGCGCACCCUUUCAGGGGGCAGCCUCUGUGCAGAAAGCGUAUCUGAUUCAACUCUUUCAGGAGAUGGUUGAGCAGGGCGUGGAAAUCCACAAGGUGGACAUUGCAGGUGGAUAUUAUGAGAUCGACACCACACAGGAUUAUGAGAUUGCGAAUGAAGUUUGGUAG